ACAUGAAAGGAUUAAAUGACUGGAUUCUCACUUAGUUACGAGUGUCUACAGUUUUCACAAGUAACAACAGUGGGUUUAUUGUAGAAUAUCUAAAAUAAUACAAAACUUUAAGCUUCUAUAGCCAGUAUUUGGAAUUAAAAAACAAGUUAAAGCACAAUGUACAAAAGUGCUUGGUUUUUUUUGGUUUAUCUAUACGGACUAGUGGUACAAAUAAUUUGGAAUUGUGAAGAACCUUUGAAAAUAUCUGCUGGAAGCCUCAAUCGCAUAGAGUAUUUUGGGACAUGGUAUUUUAUUGCAGCUGCUGGGAAAGAAGAAUCCCAUCUCCAUACCUUCAAACAUGUAGAUAAUAUCAUUUUUGAUCUUCAAGGAGCAGAAAUUCCAGAAAGACUGGUCCUUCGUGGAGCAUUGCAAGUGAGUGGACAUGGAUGCGUAGAUAAAAAGUGGAUUUACUUCAUACACAGGCACCAAGAUGGCUUGGACCUGCAAGGACGCCCUGAGAGGAAGACAUUCCUUUAUCAAUCGGAUACUAAGAACAGUAUCAUUUUACAGGAAAUCGAAGAAAUGGGAGAUCAUCCAUUUAACAGAAUUAUGCUCUAUGCCCGCUCCAGAAAUGUAACAUCUGAUCAUGUUCAGGAUUUCCAAGAAAAAGCAUCUUGCAUGGGAUUAAAGGUGUUCCUCUUAAUGCCACAAGAAGAAGAAUAUUGUAUUAUUAAAGAACUCAAUUAGUAAAGGUUUUUUCACCACUCUGACAAGUCAAAUAAAAAUGCAUAUUUAUGAGCUGUUCUUGAUGAAGUCUGCUUAGUUAUUUAUUGCAUGGUGCAAUGGCCGGUGUUGAGACUAAGGAGAACUGCAGACAGUAAAAAGGAGUCUUCCUGCAAUCAUGAAACAAAUUGAAUUAUAAUAAAUCUAUUGACUGGUUCAUAAACAUGUUUGACUAUGCAAUGUGUAAAGGAUUGUUUUAAGUACAAUAUAUGAAAAUGUAGUAAAUAUUACCCUUACAGUAUGUUCAACUGCAAUAAAGUCAUGUACUUCAAUGAAGGAUA